AGCAGGCGUCACUAUACCUCGUCCACCGGGGGAUGGCACCAUGACGGUCGUAACCAAGGCGCAAUCCAGCCGAGGGCCGUACCGACUGAAGGUGACGCCCCGGCCUCGGCCAAGCCCCCGGUCAGCUGACUUCGACCGUACACACUACUGGAGGCUCCCCUUCCCCCCAGGCAUCACCGUCGACCAGCUUGCUCAGUUCCGCCGCCGUCACUUCCAAAAACCCACGGACAACUUACGACCGAGCUCCGGAAAAUUUACCUUCUUCAAAACCGAGUACAGGCGUGCCUUCAAAAGCUACUUUACCGACCUAGACAACGCUCUCAGACGAGCAAAGAAGCGGCAGGACUACCUGAGGAUAGAGGGAGACUUCUCCUUUAACCCAGAGUACCGCGAGAAGUACGUAGAUCUUCCUAGACACCGACCGAGGUUCAAGAGACCCGAGGGGCAGUUUCCCAUUCUAGGGGAUGACGACCUCCAAAAGAUAUCGGAGAUACACGCACAGUACAUUCGGUAUUUAGAAUACCGCCGUGCAGAACUUCUACGAAGGCAACCAAAUAUUGUAUUAGAAGGUGAUUUUUUGGGAAGAGUUAGCGAGCAGAGGGACCAGUUUGUCCAGAAAGAGGGGAGAAGACCCGUGCUGCUAAGAAGGCCGACCACUUUGCAUAUGGAAGGAGGGUUUGACAGAUCCACCGAGACUACGGAGUCAUACAUCGUGCGACCUGCUGGAGCUAGAACUGACCCCAUUAGGAGACAAGGGAACCUGAUAGUCCACGAGGGAGAAAUGAGCCUUACUACUGAAAAGUCUUCCCAGUACAAGAAAUACGACGGUGUGUCCAAGCAAGGCCCUCAUAGACCGUCCGGGAACCUAAACAUGGAGGGCGGCCGAGAGUAUUCUCCUGAGUAUAGAGAAAAGUAUAUUGAAUAUCCUAGAGAGCGAUACGUAGCUAAGAGACACGAAGGAAACCUGAAACCUGAAGGAGAAUUUGAGAAAACUUCAGUUUUGAGAUCGGAAUUUCCAGAUUUUCCACGUGAAAGACCCACGGUCAAACGGCAAGAAGCUCACUUGAAACCUGAAGGGGACUUUUCAGAUGAAACGGAAUUGAGAUCCGAAUAUAAAGACUUCCCAAGAGAGAGACAUAUAGCAAGAAGACACGAUGCACACCUUAAACCCGAAGGGGAUUUUGUAGACGAAACCGAGCUCAGAUCGGAAUUCAAGGAUUUUCCGAGAGAAAGACACAUCGCAAAAAGGCACGAUGCGCAUUUAAAACCCGAGGGAGAAUUCCGAGAUUCGACAGAAAUCAGGUCGGAAUUCGUCGAUUUUCCCAGAGAAAGGCCUGUUGUAAAGAGACAAAAAGCUACGUUAAAGCAAGAAGGAGAGUUUGCUAAGGAAACAGAGAUUCGCUCGGAGUUUGUAGAUUUUCCACGUGAACGGCCCGUCGUCAAAAAGCAGGAAGCACAUUUAAAACAAGAAGGUGAAAUGGAAAAGACUUCUGUGCACAGAUCAGAAUUCCCGGACUUUCCACGAGAACGCCCUGUGGUUAAGAGACAAGAAGCUCAUUUAAAACAGGAAGGUAAUCUUGAGACAAAGACUGAGAGUGCUGAGUACACAAAUUUCCCGAGAGGUAGACCAGUUUUGCACAGAACAGACACAAACCUCAAGCCUGAAGGGGAAAUUGAAAAAGUCACUGAAAAAGGCUUGGAAUACAAAGACUUUCCUAGAGACCGUCCUUUACUUCAUAGAACAAACACCAACCUGAAACCAGAAGGUGCGCUACAGAUUUCUACAGAGAACUCACAGUACUUCCAAACUGACACCCAACGACCGACAAUCCAAAGACCGGAGGACGUCCUCAAGAAAUUCGAUGGAAGGAUUGAGUCUGAUCCGGAGUACAGGUCUUCCUACCUCAACCAUCCUCGAGAGAGGCCAGUGGUCAGCCGUCCCAGAGAGCAGCUUGAUAAACCUCAUGGGCAUAUGUCUAAGUCCAGUGAGACCAAGGAGCAGUAUGUGCGACACGACGCCCGACCAGCUCCUUCGAGACGUCCCAUCACCAACCUCAAGAUGGAGGGAGCUCUGGAGGCCGAGCCGGAGUACAAGGCCAACUUCUCGGACCCCAAACAAGCGUUCAAGGUCAUCACUGUCUCCAACCCUGGCAAGACAGUAUCUUUCCCUGGAGAGGACAAGAAGAGGGCUCCGCAGUGUCGUAACCCCGAAGACACCACCAGCGAGACGUCCACUACGACAGAGUCCUCAAUUCACAACCCUCCCUACCGCCUGACUGUGGAGAACUUUGACGACAAUCAAAACAAAUCCUUCGUCGUCCUCAAGGACCCCAACAACAAUACCACAACAGCUGAUCAACUGUUGGGGAACAGGUGGAUGGCGCGAAAUGAGAACGGCCAACCAGCUGACGGAAAAUGGGUGCCAUCUUGGGCAGAAAAUGGAGGGAAGUCUGGCAAAUAAACAUAACCUCAAAUGCAACACCAAAGUAUCUUCCAGAAUGUUGAAGUUUUAAUUGUUAUUUGUUAAAUUUUUUGAUUUUGAUUGUGAAACAUGAAAAGGGCAAUUGAUAAUCUGAUGUGUUUAGAAUAUGUUGCAUUGCAUGAGGACAUUUUGAGUUUUCAAAAAAAUUGAACUGCGCAACAGUGUAACUGUAACUAAAAUGGUGACUUAUAAUGAAAUAGGUAGUGAGUUAUAUGAAACCUAACCUCUUAAACAUCUUUGUUUUACAGGCAAAUCUCUUUCCUUUUCAACACAAUUUACAGCUCAAUGUUUAUAGGUAAGGUAUGGUCUUACUUUUUUUUAUCAAUAGAACAUUUAAGAAGCUGUAAGUGUAAUAAAUUCCAUUUUGUAGCCCCUGAACUGCGUAGUAAGACUAAAUGUAUUACAUAUCUCGUCUUGCAGUUCAAAUAUAGUGUUUGAAGUCCACUACACAUGUUUCGCCAUAUAUGGCAUUCUCAAGUGGUCACAGAAAC